AUGGCAAGAUUUCGCAGAAGAACAUGCAUCAUUUUGUUGCUGUUUAUUUUGUUUAUUUGCUCCAUAAUGAUGGCUUUGAAGACCCUGCAACCUGACAGAGUUCGUUUUGGGGAUCCAUUUGGACUUGGAUUGUUGCUUGAGCUUCAACAACGGACAGUGCUGUUGGAGGAUAAACAGAAUUCAUUAAAUAGGGUUCAAGGAGAUACUGUAACACCUGUCAAUCAUUUCCACGAUAUCUCAUUCAAUACUAUGAAAGCAUCUCUGCCUGCUGUAAACAAGCAGGAAGAAGAACUGUCUUCUCCUAAUUAUAACUUUCACAUAUUCUACUAUAUUUGGUUUGGGAACCCACAGUUUGAUGGUAAAUAUAUUCAUUGGAACCACCCAUUGUUACCACAUUGGGAUCCCAAAAUUGCAAACAAUUAUCCAAAGGGAAGGCAUAAUCCUCCUGAGGACAUUGGGGCCAACUUUUAUCCUGAACUCGGAUCUUACAGUUCCAAAGACCCUUCUGUCAUAGAAGCCCACAUGAAACAAAUGUGUUCAGCUUCAACUGGUGUAUUAGUGCUUUCAUGGUACCCACCAGGUAUGGCUGAUGAAAAUGGAGAACCAACUGAUGAUUUAGUGCCUGUUAUUUUGGAUUAUGCACACAAAUAUAAUCUAAAGGUGACUUUUCAUAUUGAACCUUACAAAGACCGAGACGAUCGCAGUGUGUACCACAAUGUCAAAUACAUCAUUGACAAAUAUGGAGGCCAUUCAGCCUUUUACAGGUACAAGACCAGCACAGGCAGAUUUCUUCCCAUGUUUUAUAUUUAUGAUUCCUAUGUAACAAUUCCUGAAAUUUGGGCAAACCUACUAACUGUUUCUGGAUCCCAGAGUAUCCGAAACACUCCGUAUGAUGCGUUAUUCAUUGCACUUCUCGUAGAAGAAAGACAUAAGCAUGACAUCCACAGAAGUGGCUUUGAUGGGAUGUACACGUACUUUGCCACCAAUGGCUUCUCCUAUGGCUCAUCUCAUCGUAACUGGGCAAGUUUAAAAGCCUUUUGUGAUAGCAACAACUUAAUGUUCAUCCCAAGUGUGGGGCCAGGCUAUAUCGACACCAGUAUCCGGCCGUGGAACAACCACAACACACGGAACCGUGUCAAUGGCAAGUACUAUGAGACCGCCUUCAGCGCAGCCCUGUUGGUGCGGCCCGAAAUCAUUUCCAUCACAUCUUUUAAUGAAUGGCAUGAGGGAACUCAGAUUGAAAAGGCUGUCCCCAAGCAGACUGGGCAGGUGGUUUACCUUGACUAUAAGCCCUAUAAACCAAAUGUUUACUUACAGCUUACUCAGAAGUGGUCCGAGAAGUACAGAAGAGAACAAGAACAGUGGCUUAUGUGA